AUGGCUGCGGCGGCGAUCCUGCCGGAGCUGGCGACGCAGGUGCUCAUCCCGGUCGCGGCGGCCGUGGGCAUCGCGUUCGCGGUGGUGCAGUGGGUGCUGGUGUCCAAGGUGCGGCUCACCCCGGAGCGCCACGCGGACGGCGGCGGAGCCGCGAAGAGCGGGCCCAGCGACUACCUCAUCGAGGAGGAGGAGGGGCUCAACGACCACAACGUCGUCGUCAAGUGCGCCGAGAUCCAGAACGCCAUCUCCGAAGGAGCUACAUCUUUCCUUUUAACUGAGUACAAGUAUGUUGGAUUAUUCAUGGGCAUCUUUGCAAUCCUUAUAUUCCUCUUCCUUGGGUCUGUCGAGGGAUUCAGCACGAAGAGUCAACCUUGCCACUAUAGCAAGGGCAAGACUUGCAAGCCUGCACUUGCUAAUGCCAUCUUCAGUACUAUAGCUUUUGUGCUUGGUGCAGUCACCUCACUGGUUUCUGGCUUUCUUGGAAUGAAGAUCGCAACUUAUGCGAAUGCCCGGACAACUUUAGAGGCCAGAAAGGGUGUCGGGAAGGCAUUUAUUACUGCCUUCCGAUCUGGUGCAGUUAUGGGCUUCCUGCUUGCUGCCAGCGGUCUUUUGGUUCUUUACAUUGCUAUCAAUUUGUUUGGAAUUUAUUACGGUGAUGACUGGGAAGGUCUUUUUGAGGCUAUUACUGGUUAUGGCCUUGGUGGUUCUUCUAUGGCUCUUUUCGGCCGCGUUGGUGGUGGUAUUUAUACCAAGGCUGCUGAUGUUGGUGCUGACCUUGUGGGGAAGGUAGAAAGAAACAUUCCUGAGGACGAUCCAAGAAACCCAGCUGUCAUUGCUGACAAUGUUGGUGAUAAUGUUGGAGAUAUUGCUGGAAUGGGAUCAGAUCUCUUUGGCUCGUAUGCUGAAUCAUCAUGUGCUGCUCUUGUUGUGGCCUCGAUCUCGUCUUUUGGAAUCAACCAUGAAUUUACCCCGAUGGUGUACCCACUUCUUGUCAGCUCUGUUGGUAUUAUAGCAUGUCUCAUAACAACGCUGUUUGCAACUGAUUUCUUCGAGAUAAAGGUUGUGAAUGAAAUAGAGCCUGCUCUCAAGAAACAACUUAUAAUAUCCACUGUUGUGAUGACUAUUGGCAUUGCGCUCAUCAGUUGGCUUGGUCUUCCAUACACCUUCACCAUUUAUAACUUUGGAGCCCAGAAGACAGUGCAAAGCUGGCAAUUGUUCUUGUGUGUGGCCGUUGGUCUCUGGGCUGGCCUAGUCAUUGGUUUUGUUACUGAGUACUACACAAGCAAUGCCUACAGCCCUGUACAAGAUGUUGCUGAUUCCUGCAGAACUGGAGCUGCCACUAAUGUCAUUUUUGGGCUUGCUUUGGGUUACAAAUCAGUCAUUAUCCCAAUUUUUGCUAUCGCGUUUAGUAUCUUCCUCAGCUUCAGCCUUGCUGCCAUGUAUGGUGUUGCUGUGGCUGCUCUUGGAAUGCUGAGUACCAUCGCCACAGGCCUUGCUAUUGAUGCCUAUGGCCCUAUCAGUGAUAAUGCUGGAGGAAUAGCUGAAAUGGCUGGGAUGAGCCACAGGAUUCGUGAGAGAACUGAUGCUCUAGAUUCUGCAGGAAACACCACUGCUGCAAUUGGAAAGGGUUUUGCCAUUGGCUCCGCAGCCUUGGUGUCCCUUGCACUCUUCGGUGCCUUUGUAAGCCGGGCUGCUAUCUCCACUGUUGAUGUUCUGACUCCUAAAGUAUUCAUCGGGCUUAUUGUCGGUGCUAUGCUCCCAUACUGGUUCUCGGCAAUGACCAUGAAGAGUGUAGGCAGUGCUGCACUCAAGAUGGUGGAGGAAGUCCGACGGCAGUUCAACACCAUCCCUGGGCUCAUGGAGGGCACCACAAAGCCUGACUAUGCAACUUGUGUCAAGAUCUCAACGGAUGCAUCCAUCAAGGAGAUGAUUCCCCCAGGUGCUCUUGUUAUGCUCACACCACUGAUCGUUGGGAUUUUGUUUGGGGUUGAGACCCUCUCUGGAGUCCUUGCUGGUGCCCUUGUCUCAGGUGUUCAGAUUGCCAUUUCUGCAUCCAACACUGGUGGUGCCUGGGACAAUGCCAAGAAGUACAUUGAGGCUGGAGCUUCAGAGCAUGCCAGGACCCUUGGCCCAAAAGGUUCUGACCCUCACAAGGCGGCUGUCAUUGGUGAUACCAUUGGAGAUCCUCUCAAGGACACGUCUGGCCCCUCCCUCAACAUCCUCAUCAAGCUAAUGGCGGUUGAAUCCCUUGUCUUCGCCCCGUUCUUCGCCGCCCAUGGUGGCAUUCUCUUCAAAUGGCUCUAA